AUGCCAGCUCUAUGGCACUCCACGUUCUUCCUGGUGAUGGUGCUGCUUGCCAUCAGUAGGCCCAGCCUGGCAUCUCAGGGCACAGAAAAUGGAACACAGAAUCUUAUCACCACCCUGCCCAUCGUCACCUGGAACUGGCAAGAAAUUCAAUUCCCGUACUUGGUGGCACUCUGGAUCCUGGUCAGCUGGCUCUGCAAACUCUUUUUCCAGCUGAACCCCAGCCUGACCGGUGUGAUCCCGGAGAGCGGCCUCCUCAUUUGCAUCGGUUGGGUCCUGGGGGGCAUCAUCUAUGGGGCAAACAAGGCGCAGACCUUCAGGCUGCAGCCCUUCACCUUCUUCUUCUACCUGCUGCCCCAGAUCAUCCUGGACGCGGGCUACUCCAUGCCCAACAAGCUGUUUUUCAGCAACUUGGGCACCAUCCUGGUUUACGCUGUUAUUGGCACCUGCUGGAACGCUGCCACUUUGGGACUCGCCCUUUGGGGGUGCUGGUUGGGCGGGGCAAUGGGCGAUAUCGACAUUGGCCUCCUGCAGUUGCUGCUGUUUGGGAGUCUGAUUGCUGCUGUGGACCCCGUGGCUGUGAUUGCCGUGUUUGAGGAGGUCCAUGUCAACGAGGUCCUGUACAUUCUGGUGUUUGGGGAGUCCCUUCUCAACGACGGCGUCACAGUGGUGCUGUUCAAUGUGUUUAAUGCAUUUGUGUCGCUUGGAGGGGCAAAAAUCGACGCUGUAGAGAUCAUCAAAGGCAUAAUCUCGUUCUUCGUGGUGGCACUCGGAGGCUCCCUGGUUGGUGUUAUCUUUGGUCUGCUGAUCUCGCUCCUGACCAGAUGCACCAAAAACAUCCAGAUUAUCGAGCCAGGCUUCAUCUUCGUCCUAGGCUACCUCUCUUACCUCACAGCCGAGAUGCUCUCGCUAUCCGCUAUCCUGUCGUGUACAUUCUGUGGCAUCUGCUGUCAGAAGUAUAUUAACGCCAACAUGGAUGAGAGGUCGGUCAGCACGGUACGAUACGUAAUGAAGGUGUUCGCAAAUGGCUCAGAGACCAUCAUCUUCGUCUUCCUCGGCAUCUCGGCCAUAGAUCCGUCUAUAUGGGUGUGGAACACAGCCUUUAUCCUCCUCACACUCCUCUUCAUCUUUGUGUUCAGGUUCAUAGGGGUCUUUUUACUCACCUGGAUUCUCAACCAGUACCGACUGGUUCCCUUGGAGUUUAUUGAUCAGGUAGUGAUGGGCUACGGUGGCCUACGAGGGGCAGUAGCCUAUGGCCUUGUGGUCUCGCUGGAUGAGAAUAAGUUCAAGGAGAAGAAUCUGAUGAUCAGCACCACCCUCCUAGUGGUGUACUUCACUGUCGUGCUGCAGGGAAUAACCAUGAAACCACUGGUCAACUGGCUGAAAGUGAAGAGGGCAGCAGUGACAGAACGCACACUAGCUGAAAAAAUACAGAAUAGGACCUUUGACCACAUGCUUGUCGCCAUAGAGGACAUUUCUGGACAAAUAGGACAUAACUACAUGAGGGACAAGUGGAAUACAUUUGAGGAGAGGUGGUUGUACUGGCUCUUGAUGACUCCCUCUGCCAGGAAGUCUUGUGACCACAUAUUCAACAUCUUCCACAAGCUCAACCUCAAGGAUGCCAUGAGCUAUGUGAAAGAGGGAGAAAGCAGAGGCUCAUUGGCGUUCGUUCGGCAUGAAUCCAAGGCUGAUGUGGAUUUCAAUAAGAAGUUUGGUGCCAACUUCUCAGAGAUGAUGCCUUCCAUCAUGACAGAAAAUAUGGGACCGGAUCAUGUUCCAGUCUCCAUCUUAUGGGACAGUGUAACCUCUGUCUGCCUGAACAUGCAUGAGCAGGACCUGAAGAUGAGGGAGUCAGAGGACAUUAAUGCACACCAUCUACUGCAGCAGCACUUGUACAGAGGCAAGAAACAGCACAGACACUGGUACAGUCGGAAACACCUUGACGUCAACAAGGAUGAGAAUGAGGUGCAAGGGAUCUUCAAGAGAACCAUGAGGAGCCGUCUAGAGUCCUUCAAGUCAGCCAAAAUGGGUGUCGCGCCACCCAAGAAUAUAACCAAUCAUCUAAAGAAAGACCAGCCACAAAAGAUGUCAAACGGAAAAUCCACGGAUAACAGUAAAAGCCAUGCUUAUGGGGAUGAAGAUUUGGAGUUUUCUGAAGGAGACAGUGCCUCUAGUUGCGAGGCUGCUGGUGGUUCAUUCCCCAUGAGAGCCUAUAGACGUGCUGGGAUCAUGAACCCAGCUUUCAUGGCAGAGAUGGACCCCAUGCCACCAAUGCAGCAGAUUCCGCCAUUGCUGGCUGAAGCAGAGGUGGACUUUUGCAGUGACUCUCAGCUUCCCUUACGGUACUCUGCCGGAAGGACACACUCCACAGAUCGAUGUUGAUACAUUGAGAAAGAUUCUGCCUGAGCCCGAGACCCUAGUGACGGAAGAAGGUCCAGAGCCAAAAGGGACCAUACAUCAUCACCCAGGCUACACCAAACGGCUGUACUGAUAGAGGGUAGCUCGACCUGGUAUCAUCUGCACCACAGUAACUUCAAGAUCUUCCAGACUCACCUGACUUCCCCACCAUUGAUUUCGCUACCCUUGACUAGUCCCCCUAACAGAAAUUGAGGUCUAACUUGCUGAUCCUGUGACUCUGCGGUGAAGUCGACAGUGUGAUAAGAGUAUAUUAGAAAUUGGUAUUAAGAAUAAUUUGUAAAAAUAAUUUGUCUGAAUCAGAAAUGAACUCAACUGUUCUGAUCUUUCCUCUCUCGAGGUUACUACAGAUGGUGUCUUAAUGCAUAGCAGGGAUAAUUUGGUAAAGAACGGUGUGAUCCUCAAAACCCCCUCUAACCGGCUGAAGAGGAGCAACAAAGGCAUUCAAUAAGGCCCUGUCCGCACCACUUCUACCGGGAGACCUGAAUCAGAGCCAGCAACUGGUGUACAGCAUCCAAUUGAAGCUAUCAACUGCUUCUCUCUCAUGCCUUUCUCUCGGGAGUGUGACAGGAGUCAACGUGGAGUGAGCAUGGAGAGUGAUCCAUUCCAAAACAUCUCUCAUGUUGCUGGUAUACUGGUUGGCAAAUGGACAAGACAGAAUGGGGGGGUAGAGAUGGUGGCGGAUCAGGUGAGACAUUGAAAUUGGGACAUUGUCAUGGGCCAUCCAUUUUGAACUAUGAAGCCAUCUGAAGAACAUAAUGAAGAGACGCCAGAAGAUUGAGUGCCGGGGAAGGAAGGGGUUGGUCAACUGUGCCCGUAAUUCAUUAUUUGUGGUAUCAGGUUGAUUGAGGUCUACACACUGCUAAAUUUAUAGUAAUUUAGACUACGAAUGCAUUGAGAUACGGAUCUGUGGUUACUCUCCUGAUGAGGAAGUUAAUACUAGAAUUAUGGAUAAGUAUACUGUAUGUUAAUAUAAAUGUACAUUCCGCCAGUGUCGAUGUGUGCUAAAUUGAGGGUUUUAACUUUGAGUGAUAGGACCAAUGAAUCACUAAGAAUUGUCAUUCUAAAUUAGGUUUGGAUAAUUAAUUAGGUUUUGAUUAUGAUUUGUAAACUGACUGAUUGAUUUGAGUAAGUUAUUAGUAUGUUAAUAACUAAAGAUGUUGACACUAUUCUCAGCAUGCCCUGUUAUUGCUUAUACAAUCGCAAGAUAUCUGCCUUAAAUAGAUAUUAUGGUUAAAACGAAGUUGCAUUAUUUUUUAUGUGUUAGGAUACACUUAUAUUGUUUAUUUCGAGUAGAAACUUUUGAAUCUUACUGUGAAAGAUGUAAGUGCAAAGUCAACUGAUAUUUCUAUGAAAUAAUGUUUUCACUGGUUGGUUUUAAAAUUCCUAGAUUUUGUUGAGACUAGUAGUCUCAAAGAGGGGAAUGAUGGGGUAUACACAUAUUUACCUGAUUUUGUUUAAUAUUAAUAGUUAACCAUUAAUAUGCUUAACAAUAGUAGAGACA